GUUUUGUUUUGCUUUUGGCCUGUCUAACUCAUUCAACUCUUGUCUUUUUUAUUAUUUUAAACUUUUCUUUUCGUCACUUUCUUAAUUCUCUCAUUCAUUUUUCUUUCCUAAUUCUCUCCCUCGCUGUCUUUCUCUGUCGGCCUAAGGGCUAUCCCAGAGUUCUCAGCAACAGGCAUCAGUGGCUGUGAAGCGAAGAUGGCGUACGGAGGUGGCUCGUUUGAAUGGAACACAACGGUAGUUGACGACAGCUGUGGCCGUGUCGCCGGCUGUGGGGUUAGAGGCAGCAGCAAUAAUAACAACACUACAACUUGGAGAGGUUACCGCUCGUCUUUUUCUACUAGCGCGUUACUGGCAUCAGAAGACGAGGAAGUUGCGGUAACGCUAGAUCAAGAAGCUGGUGGUGCAGGGGACGUGACAGCAAAUAAAUCAACAACUCUAACGCCUGUUCGGUCGUCUCGUUCUUCAUGCCUUUCUUCUCCUCCUCCCCGUUCUUUUGCUUCUGAAACUAGUAAUUUCAUGAAUAAGAAAUCGUCUUCUCAAAGCAGCCAGGAAACAAAUUACUAUUUUCCUUCUUUUUGCUCUUCCUUUCUCUCUUUGUUCAGGUCACCUGCUGUUUCAGGUAGGCCUAGUUUUUCUCAUAACACUAUGUUUUGGUUGAUAUCAAUCGGAUUAUUACUAUUAGCUUCGGAGCGAUUGUUGGUGUCCGGACAGCGACCCUACGAACCUACGAGAAGCCGUCGACCACCCACUUCUCAGAGAGGACGAAGCGAUGAUGAAGACGGUUCCGUAUCUUGCUACGACAAUCGGGGUCGGGCUAGGAAAUGUACUCCGGAUUUUGAGAAUGCCGCCUUCUCCUUGCCGGUAGAGGCGACCAACAUAUGCGGUAUGGAAGGCCCGCAGGUCUAUUGCUUACAAGUCGGGGUACGGGAUGCCUCCAAAUCCUGUCACUAUUGCGAUGCCAGGCAUACCCAGUUUGAUCAUUCCCCGCAUCUGAUGACGGAUUACGAGGGACAGGGAAACUGGACUUGGUGGCAGAGUGAGACUAUGUUGAAGGACGUCCAAUAUCCAAAUUCUGUCAAUCUCACCUUACAUCUCAAGAAAGCUUUUGAUAUCACAUACGUGAGUAUACGAUUCCACUCGAGUCGUCCUGAAAGUUUUGCCAUCUAUAAAAGGACUACAGAAGAUGGUGAAUGGAUACCUUACCAAUACUACAGUUCUUCUUGUGAGCGUACCUAUAACUUACGGCCGAAGUCUAUUAUUACUACAUAUGAUGAGUCAAAAGCAGUUUGUAGUGAUGAAUUUAGUGAUAUAUCUCCACUCUCUGGAGGCACAGUUGUCUUUAGUACUCUGGAAGGAAGACCUAGCAGUCGGAGAUUUGAUACCAGUAUAGUUUUACAGGAUUUUGUCACUGCCACUGACAUAAGGAUUACAUUGAACAGAAUAAAUACUUUCCGAGAUGAAGUAUUUGGAGAUCCACAGGUUUUACGUUCUUACUUCUAUGCCAUUUCGGAUAUUGCUAUUGGUGCCCGAUGCAAAUGUAAUGGUCAUGCUAAAGCCUGUGAAAAAACCGCUGAUAACCGUGUCCGGUGCAAGUGUGAACACAACACUGCUGGAGUAAGCUGUGAAAAGUGCAGUAGUUUUUACAAUGAUAGACCCUGGAAAAGAGCAACAGAAACUGAUGCUCAAGAGUGUCUACAGUGUAACUGCAAUGGAAAAUCUCGGGAAUGUAUUUUCAACCAAACUUUGUAUGACCAAACUGGUCAUGGUGGCUAUUGUAUCAACUGUCGGGACAACACUGCUGGACCUGCCUGUGACCAGUGCAAAGUGAACCACUUCUUGAAACAACCACAACAUAUGUGCAUGCCAUGCAAUUGUAAUCCAACUGGUUCUGUUGAUCUUCAAUGUAAUGCUCAAGGAAAAUGCCAAUGUAAACCUGGAGUGACUGGUGACCGAUGUGAUCGUUGUCAGGCAAACUUCUAUGACUUCUCAAACUAUGGUUGCAGACCCUGUAACUGUAAGGCAGAAGGAAGUUUGAAUAACACUCCUUACUGUGAUACCUCAACUGGAAAAUGUACAUGUAAAGCAAAUGUUGAUGGCCAGAAAUGUGACAGGUGUAAAAAUGGUUUCUUUGGAAUGGAAGAAAACAAUAAAUUUGGCUGCAUUGCCUGUUUCUGUUAUGGUCAUUCUUCCUCUUGUCAAUCUGCAAAUGGCUUCUAUGGUCGCUCAAUUCUCAGCCAGUUCAGUAAUGGAAGACAAAGAUGGAAAGCAGCUGACCGAGGAAACAAAGAAAUUCCUACUCAGUUUAAUGCAAUAACUAAGAAGAUCGGAGUGGCGGCAAAAGGCAAUGAAAUCAUUUACUUCAUAGCCCCAGAGCGCUACUUACAUGACCAGCGUCACAGCUAUAACCAGUUUUUAAGUUUCAAACUCCAGACCAGUGAUGACCGUUCCAGACCAUCAAUAAUGGAUGUUGUUUUAGUUGGCAGUGAUGGUCAGAUGAUAUCAACUCCAAUAUUCUCUCAGGGAAAUCCAACUCCUAACACAAAGGAACAGACUUUCCGAUUCCGUCUCCACGAACAUCAAGAUUACAAGUGGCAACCAAGACUGCGUUCCCAAGAUUUCAUUGCUCUUCUUUCCAAUUUGACAGCCAUCAAAGUCAAAGGAACAUAUAAUACAGAUGGUACUGGAUUUAUUGAUGAUGUCAGGCUAGAGACUGCAGGUUAUGCAUCUGGCAAGCCGGCUUCUUGGGUAGAACAAUGUACUUGCCCUGAUGCUUACUUAGGAGAAAACUGCCAGUCUUGUUCUCCAGGCUAUAGAAGAGAUCCUCCCAAUGGUGGUCCUUUUGCCCGAUGUAUACCAUGUGUUUGCAAUGGUCACUCUGAUGAUUGUGACGUUAAUACUGGUCGUUGUAUCUGCAAGCAUAACACUGCUGGCCGUAACUGUGAACAAUGUUUGGAAGGUUUCUAUGGUGAUGCCAAAGGUGGAACUCCAAAUGACUGUAGACCCUGUCCUUGUCCUAAUAAUGGCACCUGUAUACAGCUUGACAAUAAAGAUGUUCAUUGUACAAACUGUCCACAAGGUUAUGGAGGUGAUCUAUGCCAAGUUUGUUUGGAUGGUUACUACGGUGAUCCAACCGGACGUUAUGGUCCUCGCACCACUUGCAAGCCCUGUCCUUGCAACAGCAACAUCGAUUUGAAUGCUGUGGGUAACUGUAACAGGACCACUGGUGAAUGCUUGAUAUGUCUUCACAAUACUGCUGGCUUUUACUGUGAAAGAUGUUUACCCAAUUAUUAUGGUGAUGCUCUUGCUUUGCCAAAGGGACAAUGUAAAGCCUGUAAUUGUAAUCCCAAAGGAAUCCUUCACACUGGAAUGUAUUCUUGUGAUCCAAGAAAUGGACAGUGUAUUCAUCUCUUUAUUUCAUAUGAACUCUUAAGACUAUCUUUUGGUUUAAUGAUAAUUUUCUUAUCUGCAGGUUGUGAAUCUUGCCGUUGCAACCCAAUUGGUUCGCUGGAAAGCAACUGUGACCCAGGCACAGGCCAGUGUAAAUGUAAAAAUAACAUUGUUGGCAAGCGAUGUGAUAAAUGCUUACCUUAUCACUAUGGAUUUUCAGUUGAUGGCUGUAAACGUUGUCAGUGUGAUCCACUUGGUUCCUAUGACCAGCAAUGUGAUGACAAAGGGGCCUGCAAAUGUCGUCCCACAACUACAGGUGACAGAUGUGACCGGUGUCGAGAAAACAAAUAUAACAUCACUGCUGGUUGUAUAGAUUGUCCACCUUGUUACAAUUUGGUCCAGCAACAAGUAAAUGAACACCGCAAGCACUUGGAAGAGAUGCGUAAUUAUACAGAAGUCAUUAAAACCAGCCCACAAGCUUUCAAUGAUUCAGAUUUUCUUACGCAUAUGAAGAAAGUCAGUGAUUCAGUUGAGAAAUUAAUCAAUGAUGCUCGUCGUAUCAGUAGAACAAAUAGUACUUUUGGCACGCAGUUGAAUGAUUUAAAGAACGCCAUUUCGGACAUCAUGGACAAAUGUGGUAUGAUAGCUGGUAGUGUUGAAGCUGCUGACAAAGAUAUUCAUCGCACACAAGCCUUCAUUACAGAAGCACAAGAUGCUAUAAGACGGGCUGAGAGAGAGAUAGCCAGAGCUUCUGAUUACAUCGACAAUGAAGGACAAGCAGCAUUGAAACAAGCUCAGCUUGCCACCACUAAAUUUGGAACACGUUCUGACAAAAUGAAAAGUAUUGCAGCCAGAGCUAAGCUAGCUGCUAAACAACAGAUGGAAGAUGCCAAAGAAACUGAGAAAAAUGCAAAUGAAGCUUUAAAUAUUUCAAGAGAAGCUCUUCGAACUACGAAAGAUCUGUUUCGAUUCCCUGAGAAAUUGGCCAAUGAAAUCAGUAGGCUUAAUUCCAUGAAUGAAAAUAACAAAAAUCUGAUGCAUCAGACUGAAAUCUUAUCCAAAAAUGCUAAAAUGAAGGCAGAAGAUGCAUUAAACAAAGCUUUGGAAAUAAAUACAAAAAUUGCUCAAUUUAACAUUUCUAACGUCAAUGUGGAUCACUUAAUUACGGAGGCUGAAAAAAUCAAGAAAGAGGCUGAUGGCAUUCAGAAGUCUCUACAAGAAACAUUGACUGCAAACAACAACAUGUUGAAUGAAGUUGAUGAAGAGAAAAAGAAAGCAAAUCUUCUCUAUGAAGAUGCUUUAAACAAGCAACAGGAAACAGAUAAGUUGAUGUCAGACAUUUUCAAGGCUAAUUCAAAAGCUAAGGAAGCUGUAGAAAAAGGUGAAGCUAUUCUGAAAGAAGCUCAAGAAACCCUUCAAACUCUCAGGGGUAGGUGGUCAUUUUCUUCUUUCUUGAUUUCAAUUUUUGAUGCUGAGAAGUAUUUGAAAGAAUCUCAAGCUAUUGAAACCCGUGCAAAUUCAAUCGCUAGUGUAACUGAUUCUUUAUCAGAUCAAGUAAAUAAAAUGAAUUCUUCUGUAAAUUCCAUGAAAGACAGUUCAGAAGAAGACACUGAUGCAGUGAACAAUGCUGCUGCAAAAGCAAGUCGAGCAAAAGACAAUGCAGAUGAGGCGUUAAGCAAAAUUAAAAAGGCUCUUGACACUGUGAAUGAAAUAAACAAUGUUCUUGAUAAUCUUGAUUCACAGAAAAUCAACACCACUCAUUUAGACAUUCUUGAACAAGAAAUCAUCAAUGUUGAAAAUUUGAUGAGGUCAAAUGACAUAGACAACCAGAUGAAGAUGAUAAAAGAGGCAUUGAAGAAGCUGACAGAGUCAGAAGAUAAUUUCACUCGAGAACUUACUCAGUUAAGAGCUGAUGUUAAAAAUAUUGAAGAUAUCAAUAAUUCCUUACCGAAAGGAUGCUUCAAGCCCCUGAAUCUUGAAAAGACUAAAUAGGUGAGCUCAGAGGAGAAAGACAUGAAGCAAAAUAAAAGUAAUAAUAAAAAUAAUAAUAAUUAUAAUGAUAAUAUUAAUACUGAUAGACCAAUAUCAAUUGUGACAUUAUCAAAAAUAAAAUAACAACAAAAAACCCCCCAGCAGAUAUGAAUGUUUUAAAAUGAGAGAAAAAAAAAUAUAUGUAAAAAAAAGCAAAUGAAGAAAUAAUGUGUUUGACUUUCUGCAUGAUUUCUGGCUGCUGGGAUGAAACUGCAGUCUUUAAAUAUGGUACAUAUUUUGCAUAAAAUUUGCAUACACACAUUAAGAAAAAAACACACAUACAUAUAGACACUAACAUACACAUUCAUGCCAUUCACAAACACAUACAAGGAAAUGUGUUCAAAUUUGGAUCAGUGGAGAUGAAAAUUAGAGAAAAACGAAAAAAGAAAUUUAUUUUUGUUUUUCUUUCUUCCUUCUUUACUUUCUUUCUUUUCUGUUUUCUUUUGUGUUCUGGCAUUAAAUAUUUCUUAAUCCAAUCAUUUGGUUCAUUAAGACACUUGUUGACACCUCUAGCUUACAAUUUAUUUCAUAUAACAGCAGAAAACAGAAGAGAGAUUAAA